CUCCCCCUAAGUGGUGACAAGCUGAUCUUUCCCGGCUAAAACGGGAGACACACCUGUGAAGGGUUAGAGAAAAUGGCAUGUAUGAAUUAAGAAACACAUACAAGAUGUUUAAGUGUAUCUCUCCAAACCUUUAAUUAAAUUAAUGAACCAUUAUUAAUUAAAUAUUGAAAAAAUAUAUUAAUAAACAAAUAGUGAAAAUAUUUAAAGAUGCAGUAACACAAAGUAAAAAAAAAUGUUGCAAUUUCAAGUUAGCUAAAAAUAUCAUAAAUUAACCUUUUAUAUACUCGGGAUAUUGAGGUCGUUUCAAUUUUUUUUAUUUUUUUUAAAUGGGUCAGGGAUCUACAUUUAACUUGUGAAGAUUUCCGUAUUUCACGUCUACUUUUAGUAAUUUCCGGAUAACUGAAGGACCGUUUUCCUAUUAUUUAUUAUAAACCAACGGUAUACUUCCGCAUGAUAAAAGAGACAUAUUCACGCAAUAUUUCAUGCUAGGCCUAGGAUAUGUUAUCAGGACAAUACAGGUAUGUUUUUCACUGAAAUUGUCUUGCUUUCAAUCGUGCUAUCAAGAUUGUUAUGUAAGUUGCUUUAGAGAGGUAAUUGGCAAGCCGGUAGCUGGUGUACUGUGAUUAUUAUAGGUUAUUAUAAGUCGUUACUAGACCUUUACCUGAGUGUUUGUUUAUCCUCUCAGGCGAGAUGGAGUGCCGCAGGGUGUCCUGUAUUUAUGAAGUUAUUAAAACCUCGGUGCAGAGCCUUGCGUCAUCCAGGGAUAACUAAAGUUACCAGAUAUGUGGAGUUCGGAUGAGGAGGAGGACUGUGUUGUCCUGGACAACGGUUCCCAUAGGAUCAAAGCAGGAUUUGCUGGACAUGAUACUCCACGGAUUGAUUUUCGGACAGUCAUAGGAACGCCUUUAUAUCAGGGGCAAACGAUUGGUGGCAAACCACAGAAAAAAUAUUUCGUGGGUGACCAGGUGAUCGAAAACAUUGACGUUCUGGACAUUCGAAGACCAAUUGAGCGAGGAAUAGUGACAGACUGGGAUGCCAUGGAGAGAGUAUGGCAUCACGUAUUUGAUGAACUGCGUACGGUGCCAUCUGACAUGAGUGUUCUUGUAACGGAAACCCCUAUGAAUCCAAAGUCACAGAGAGAGAAAAUAGCACAAAUCAUGUUUGAGAAAAUUCAGCCUCGAGGAAUGUAUGUUGUCAGCCCUAAUGUGCUGUCUCUGUACUCCUCAGGACGGGGGUCUGGUCUGGUGAUAGAUUCGGGUUAUGAAGUGACAGAUGUCGUCUGCAUAUUUGAGGGACAUAAAGUACGCCAGUCUAUGUUUAGAGCCGAUAUCGGUGGCAAUGAUAUCACUCAUUACUUGAUCGAACUUCUAGGAAAACGGGGUUACGCGUUUACCACAGCAAAAGAAGUGGAAGAAGUAAGCGUGAUGAAGGAAAAAUAUGCAUACGUUUCAAACAACCCUCAAACAGAAAAUGUGGACAACAUAAGACAGGAAUAUACUUUUUCUAAUGGAACUACUAUCUGCCUCGAUUACGAGAGGUUCCAGUGCAUGGAAGCCAUGUUUAAACCGCACCUUAUUGGAAGUGAUGCUUGUGGUAUACACGAACUUAUUGUGAAAAGCAUCAAAGCGUGUCCUGUGGAUGUACGUAAUGACAUUUACUGCAGUUUUAUUCUAUCAGGAGGCAACACGAUGACAGAAGGACUAGUUUCUAGAUUAGAACAAGAAUUACGGGCGUUAUUGCCACUCAACAGACGUAUCAAAGUCAUAGCUCCCCCAGAGAGAAGAAUAUCCACUUGGGUGGGUGGAUCAAUAUGGGGAAGUCUGUCCAGUUCACAACAACUGUGGAUGACACCGGUGGAAUAUGAUGAGUUUGGACCCAGUAUUGUGUAUCGCUCGAAAUUUACUCAGCAUUGGUAGCUUCAUUGGAAAAGUAUACGAAAUUCUAAAAUAUAUUGAACAUGUAUAUAUUUCCUGCAUGAAUAUCGAUACAUUUCAUUAAUAAUACUCAAGAGGUCCAAUGGGCAUGUGAAAGUUCUUUAUGACGUCAAAAAUGAUGCGAAAUGCAUUGCUUUUUAUAAAAAGAAUCGCAAUGAAUUGUCAUAGCACAAUCUGAAUUGCACUUUUUUACGGGGCGAAAUGUUUCAGAAAUAUGAAUUUGUGGUUAACACGUAAUGUAUGGUUUAAAUUUAGCUGAUAAAUAGAUAAAGCAAGCUGUAGGGAAUUCGUUCGAUAAGGGUCCUCGGCCACGGGUCUAUCACUAAUCAACAAUUCAAUGUUUUUGUGGAACAUGUCCUACUUAUUGAUUUGAAAGAAAAGAAAUAAAACAUUGCCCUAAAUCGGUAAAAAUACCCACAUCCUAUUGCUUUACAACUUUCUAUUGCUGUGGGAAACGUAUGUUUUGUCUUAGUUAAUAAUAUUUGUUCCAGCUGUGAGAUUGACCCAAAGACUUGUAAACUCGUAAACAAGAAAAUUAUCACAGUUGUGUUCCCGAAAAGAGUUUGUGGCCUUAAUGUUUUUGUUGCGUUCGUCUUUAUAUUUUUUUGAAGUUUUCAUUCGGAAAUACGACAUGUCAGUGUUACAACCAAAUCUGUGAUCAGAGACUUCCGGUUAAUCAAACGAAUGGAGCUAGUGUGAUUUCAGAGUUUUUAAUUUUUCUGCAAUUUUUUGAGAGAAAAAAAUUUGGUUUGAUUUCUCGGUGCAGUCAUUGGCAAAUAUUUAUGGAUUGUCUAUUGUAUGUAGCAUUUCUUUACAAGAGACCAAGAGGGCCUGUAUCGCUCACCUUCAUAUUUGAGCAAUCAUAGGAAAAUAUUCUCAAUGAAAGUACUUUUGUAAAUAUUUCCAUAGUUCCAGACUAAAUGAAACUGUAUACUACUCUAUCCCAGCAUGCGCUUGGUUAAAUAUUAUCACCAAGGGCCACCUUUAUAGUGCUGUGUCCAAGGUACUCACUAGAUAGGUAUCAUUAAUCUGGGCCUCCUGGUUUUUUCGAAGAUUUUUUUUAAAGGUUUAACAUAGUUGACCCCGUGA